ACAGAGGAACUUACUGAGACCUAGAAUAUCGCAAAGGCCGCGCGAAGCUUUCUCGAAAUCAUGUUUUAUCAGUGCAACCAUGGGUUUCGAAAUCUCCUGUUGGCGUAACAGUAUAAAUGCGCUGGAGUUAGUGUGGAUGUAAACCAUUUCGGUUGGAAGAAUCACAGGGAAGGGAGUUGAGUUGACACUCGGGGCCUGAUACCACGGAACUAAGUACAGUAGUUUGAAAUUAGUGGAGUAAUGUCUUCCGAACUUGAGGCUUAUGUACGCGAGUUGGUAAAGCGAUAUGCGACCGUAAAUCUGGGAAUUAAGAAUCCAAAACUUGUAGUGAGCGCGGCAGCCAGGAAUGGUGAUAAUUUUGCGAGUGAUGUAUCUAGAGUGGAAAUUACAGAUGGUGAUCGAAGUGAUAGUGAUGAAGGCUCCAACCAAGAGGAAACGCAUAGAUCGUCAAAAGUUCAGCUCAUAAUAAAAACAUCACCCCAGGAUGCCCUCCGUCGUCAAAUGUACAGCUCUUCCCUUCAAUUCACCCGCGAACAUUACACCUACAACACCGUCUUUCCGGCUCUUGAAAAAUUUCAAAGGCAAUAUCUUCUGCAAUCACAAAUCUUCGCCCACUAUCCUAAAAUACUACAAUCCAGCAUGGAAGCAACCAAGGAAUUCAUUAUCCUUGAAGAUUUAUGCCCGCUACGAUAUCACACAUCCUAUCGACCCGAGGCGUUAAGCUUCGCAAAAUGUAUGAGCGUAAUUAAAACACUAGCCCAAUUUCAUGCAAUAUCCUUCGCGUACAAGGAUCAAAGACCCGACGAAUUCGAGAAAUUAACAAACUCCUUAGUCGAGAUUACGUUCAAGGAUGGAGAGAAUAAAAUAUUGGAUCCAUUUUUGUAUCGCUUCAUUGAAUGUGGUAUCUUGACGUUGUCGGAUAGCGAGGAGGAUCGACGGGUCAAAGGACGUUUGGAGCAAUUUCAGGAAGUUUAUGCAAGUUUGAUGCGUGAGUGUGUGGACGCGAAGGAGGAUGCAGUUAUAUUGCACGGGGAUUGUUGGAUGAGCAAUUUGAUGUUUCGAAAAGAGUUGGACGAAAUUGACGUAAGACUCAUUGACUGGCAAGGGACUCGAUACGGGUCGCCAGCAAUUGACCUUUCUUACUUUCUUUUCUGUUGUGCAGACUCCAAAGUGAGGGUGGAAUUGCCAAAAAUUCUUGAUUUCUACCAUGAAGAACUUAUUAAAAGAAUUACCGAGUUGGGGAGCGAUGGCGCCAAGCUGUUUAGCCAUUCAAAUCUAGAAGGACAUAUGAAGAAAUAUGCCCGGUUUGGUUUAGGAAUGGCAAUUCUAACACUUCAUGUCAUAACCUGUGAUCCGGACGAGAUGCCAAAUAUUAAGGACACUGUACAAAAGGACGAUAGUGCCCAGCAGGACAAUAUCAUAAAUUACCUGAUCUCCAAACCAGCAUAUCGUGAGAGGAUGUCAGGAGUAUGCCGAGAUGCGAUUAAAUAUGGAUACCUCUAAAAGUUGCCAAAUAUUUGAUAUUUUCUACAAAUGUA